AUGGCUAGAGGCUACUCAGACGUGAAUGGUGUUCCGUAUAAGAUCUUUCACUGGACUCCGGGUUUUAAUGAAGAAGAUGAGCCCCCGUUGGUCCCUGUUUGGCUUACAAUACCUGGACUACCUCCAAAUUACUUCCAAACAUCCAUGCUGAAGAGUUUUGGUGACGGUUUGGGCCGGUUCUUGAAAUGUGAUAAUGCUACGUUAAAACAGGGGCAUUCGGAAGGCUCCUGCAAAUCGAAAAGUCAGUAUAAUUUGAAGGGAAAAAAGAAAGUGGAUUCGGUUGCCAAUGGGAAGGGGUUAGAGAACAAAGUAUGGAAGGUGGUUGGGGAGAAGAAAACAGAAGAGAAAGUGCAGGUUGAAGAGGAGGAGAAGGAAAUACCGAGUGGACGACGGAAACAAAUUCUGGAUCGGAUUGCCCAGAAACAGAGUAUUGCUCAGUUCGAUCAGUUGGAGAUUUUAUUUAUGGAUUCUAAUGGUGUUUUAUUUUCACAGCCUCAAGCUCUCUUGGAGGAGAAUGGGAUGAAGAUGACCGAAGCCAUUCGGCUGAUGGAACCGGAGGAAGAACGUGCAGUGGGACAGAAUGUUUAUAAGGAUCAAUCGGCUGGAAAGUUGUCUUGGUAUGAGGGGUCUGAAAAUCUGGGUGAAAAGGAUGAGGGUGAUGAUUUGGUAGCCAACCGUGGAUCCCCUAGAAGCUCUCUAAAGCUGAUUGAUGAAGCUCUUGAAGGAGAGGUUUACUGCAAUGCUAUAGGUAAUGAUAAUUGUUUACGGUAUCCUUUUUUAGCACAUUCUUUGACUGAUAAUGAUAAUGAGGAUGAGAUUGAAGAAUUGGCUACCAAAGGGAUUUGUUCUUCGAAGGCAAGUUUGAGGCAGAUUAAGAAUAAAUACCGUCCAUCGGUUGUAGGAAUUUUAGAACCUUUUCUUUCAGUUAAUAAGUGUGCUCAUUGGGCACGGUGGUUACGUCUUCCAAAUUUCUGUAAUCAUGUAGAAGUAGGUGGUAAAGUUUGGCUGUUCUGGGCUGAUGGCAUUGAGUUUCAACUGCAUUCAGUGAUGGCUCAAGCUCUCUCAGGUUGGUUCUCUCUUGGUAAUUCUAGAGUGUUGGCUACUUUUAUUUAUGCAAGUUGUUUUCAAGAACAACGUCGGGUCCUGUGGUCUUAUCUUCAGGAUUUAGAUGGUGGUGAUAAUAUACCGUGGUUUCUUGGUGGGGAUUUUAAUAUUAUCCGGUCGGAAGGUGAGAAAAUUGGUGGAUGUAAUGGGAGGUUAGGGGGUGGAAGAAUUUGGGCUCGGCUUGAUAGAGUGCUGGAGGGUUGGUCUACACCUUUUCGUUUUCAAAGAAUGUGGUGUUUGCAUGAGGAUUUUUUAGGUGUGGUAAGUGAGUGUUGGAGGCAAGAAUUUCAAGAUUCCCCGAUGGUGAAAUUUAGUAGAAAAUUAAAAAAACUGAAACAAGUGUUGAAGAAAUGGAAUAGGGAGGUCUUCGGUAAAGUGGAAGUAGAUCUUAAAGUCAUUGAAGAGGAGCUCCUUGCGUUGGAGAAUAAUGUACAGCAAAAUUAUACUCAAGAUAUGGAAGUUGAACUUUUGAGAUGCAAGCAAAAGCAUCUCCAAUAUUUGCAUAGAGAGGAGAUUAUGGGGUGUCAAAAAUCCAGAGUUAAGUGGAUUUGUGAAGGUGAUGAAAACACAGCUUUCUUUCAUGCUUCUCUUAGAUGUAAAAAGAAAUUUAAGGCUUUAGAGAGUAUGAUUCUUGAAGAUGGUAGUGUUCUUGAUUCCAGUGAAGCAGUCCUUGAGGGGCCUGUUGAUUUCUUCCAGCAGCAAUUAACCACGUCGGCAGUGUCUUUUGAGGAGCCUGGUAUGAAUCUUACAACUUCUAUUAUUACUGAGGAUGAUAAUCAGUUUCUUGGCAGAGUUCCAAAUUUGAUGGAAGUUAAGGAGGCGCUUUGGUCGAUCCCACAAGAUAGUAGUCCAGGGCCUGAUGGUUUUUCUGCUAGUUUUUUCCAUCAUGCCUGGGAUAUUAUCAAAGAAGAUUUAUUGAUGUUGGCAAUUGAAUUCUUUGAGGGUAAGCCUUUAACUACGUUCUUUGGUGCCACCAAUAUUGUGUUGAUACCGAAAGUGGAUGACCUAAGGGGUUUUUCACAAUUUAGGCCUAUCAGUUUAUGCUCUAUUGUUUAUAAAAUUUUAUCCAAGGUUCUGGUGAAUAGGUUGGAACCAAUCAUGAAGAAAAUAAUCUCUGCGGAACAAUCAGCCUUUAUUAAAGGCCGAAGCAUUUUUGAUAAUAUUUCUAUCGCUCAAGAAAUGGUUCAGAGUAUGAACAAGAAAGUGAGAGGUGGUAAUGUUAUGAUUAAAAUUGAUAUGGCAAAGGCGUAUGACAGGGUAAAUUGGAGGUUCUUGUUGGAGGUGAUGAGGAGGUUGGGUUUCUCAGAUCAUUGGAGGGGCCUGAUUUUUAAUUGUAUCUCUUCUCCUAUGUGUUCGGUGAUGCUUAAUGGUUCUUUAAAGGGCUUUUUCAAACCUUCCCGUGGUAUUAGGCAAGAGGAUCCCCUAUCGCCUUAUCUUUUCAUUUUAUCUCAAGAAUUGCUUUCUCGUAUGAUUAAUGUUGAUUUUCAACAGGAAAGAGUAAAGCCUUUUAAUUCUAAUGGAGGUACUCUAAUUUCUCAUUUGUUUUAUGCUGAUGAUGUGCUGAUUUUUUCAAAUGGGGGUAAAAGAUCUCUUCUGCAGAUUAUGAAGACUUUGCAAGCGUACCAAUCUAUGUCUGGGCAGAUGGUUCAAGAUUUUGGAAAGGAAUUAAAUUGCCCUUUUUCUCAUGUUAGAAAAAAAAGUAUGAAAGCUAUAGCUUGGAUUAAGCCAAAUAGAGGUCAGUAUAAACUCAAUGUUGAUGGUAGUUCGCUCAGAAAUCCUGGAUUAGCAGGUGGCGGUGGGGUUGUUAGAGAUCAUGAUGGUCGAGUGUUAGUGGGUUUUGCUAUUCAUUAUGGGCAGGUCUCCAAUAAUGUUGCUGAGGGGAGAGCUUUACUGGAUGGGUUAAAGUUGGCAUAA